AUUUUAGGUAAGGAAUCUCUGCUACAUGGUGAACAAGAGAGAGAAGUUAUCUCGAAGCUGGUAUAAAAUUAAGCAAGAUAUUUUUAAGAAGCAGGCGGCAAUCAUAAGUAACAAAUCAUUUCACCUUAAAGAAAACGAAAUGAAAGCUGUGCUGGAUGCAAAUCACGGCAACACAGUGUACGAUGUAAUGACAUCGUGUAAGAAUUCACCCACUCCAUCUGUUAAUUCCAUUCUCUCCAUUCUUGAUGGGACAGUCUACACGAGAAAAGAUUCUCAAAACAAUUUUAAGCAUAAAUCUCCACCUCAAAGACUUCCAAAUCCCUAUGCUAAGCAUUAUUUAAAUGGUGUUUUGAAAAGAUCACAAAGAUCUCUAGUAGAAGAAUGUGCAGAACAAGAAAAUAAGAAUAGGAUACACAGUAAUAAUGAAGUUCCUUCACAAGAAAAUAAAGGCAUUGAUGAUAAAUUAGCAUCUCUUCACGAAACUUACAAACUAAAACCUAUGGAAGUUGUUGUAGAUAAGUUACCCGAAUUUUAUGAAAGGAUAGAGCAUGUACCUUACAAAAUUAAUUUAAAGCAUAUCGAGUCUUCGAAACAAAUUAACUCUAAAAUUAUUAAUAAAAAGUCAAAGUUUUUGGUAGUAGAAGACAGUGAUUCGAAUGAUUCGGAUUCAGAUGACAGCAAAGACACAAGUUUUGUUUGUGCUUCGGAAGAAAAUAAAAAAGAAACAUUUAAAACGAAUUUGGAAAAUAGUUUAAGUAAAAUAAAAUGUGAAAACAAUUAUGAAAAUGAAAAGAACAACAGAGUUGUACAAAAUAGAGAGAUUUAUAAGGAUACUCAUAACAAACUUGAUAAUUAUGGUAGCAGUCACUCAAAUCAACAGAGGCAACUACAUGUAUCUAAUAAAUUAAAAAUAGAAAGUACAAAAAACUCUGAAAAAGUGAAAGAAACAAUUUUAGAUUGUAAACAGAAAAGGUACAGCAAAAAUCCAAUCAGCAGGAAUGAAUCAAAACAAAAAUUAGAAUAUAGUCAUUCUUUGAGGAUUGUAAAAACUGAAAAGCUGUGUGCUGAAGAAAAUUUUCCAAUAGUCGGUGAAAAAAUGAAUUGUGUGGAUUCGACAGACUUGCCAAAACAGUCAAAUAAUACCAUUCAUACGCAUAGAAAAUACAGAGGUUUUAAUAGACACAAUAAAUUAUAUAAAUUAUCAAAUUCUCAUUUGAAAAGGAACUCUUAUAAAUCGGAAAAUAUUGGGCACGUACAUAACUACGGAGAAAUUAUUGGCGAUUUUAAUUUAGAGAAAGAUCAGGAAAGUAAUUCCUUUUGUUCUGGAAAUGAUCAAGAUCACGGAAAAGAGUAUUUGGAUCAUUUAUCUGUAGAUAACCUAGACAAGAAAGAGUCAAAAGAACUUUUAAUUGACGAACUACAGUCUGUCAAUAGCAACGGAGAAAAUAAAGCACAGCUGUUUCGGGACUUGACGGUUAACGAAAACGGAUCUGCAGAGUGUCUCUCCAUUGUAAAUUUCAACUAUGAUUGUGUCGAUAUAGAUAACAGUUCAUCCUCUAGUAGUACAAAUUGUGAUAUAAAUAACAAAAGACAAUCUUCAAAGCCAAAUACAUGUAAUAAAUUUAGUCCCACUAGUGAUAAAUCAUCGGUGUCAUCAAACAAAGUUACGACACCCGCCAAAGACUCCGCUAGUAAUAUUGACAAAGACAAGUUGCGAGAGGAAAGUGCUAAAAUUAGAGAAUCUCUAUUUUCUGUUAAUACCUGUUCAGCUAAGUCUUUAAGCGGUUAUAAAAUUCCUAAAAAACUUAAAACGAACACGGAAACAACAGACGGGGGUUCGUUACAGAACAAACGGGGCAGUUCCACGGUUUCUCCCCUAUCCGAAGUGUGCCAACAAACUCAAGUGGGAACUUACUCUGUGAAUGGUUAUCACACGGACAGGAACCAGAGGUGGCAAGGUAACAGAAACGGAAGCGGCAAAAAUCACAACAGGGAGCAGAAACUUAUAUUAAAGUUACGAAAGGAUCCUGGUUAUUCCAACGCGGGAAGGUGGCACAGCAAUACGAACGCCACGAACAGGACGGAUGCCUUCAACGCCAAUGGUUCUCCGGCCGCAGCGGAAGGAAGUCACUGUGAGGGCGAAACGACCCUGCCGGCCGAAUCCCAUUCCAGAACGGAGAGGGAGUUCGAAAACAGGACUAACCUCAACAACAGUGGCAAGUACCUACCACGGCUCAAGAAGUUUUCGCAGAAAGGCCAGAACGGCGACUACUGGGUAAGCUACGCAUAGCGAAAUCCAAAUUCCUCACCAGACGGUCAUUUUAUACAGGUACCUUUUACAAAAUUUACAAUUGGUAUCACGCAUCACAUCCAAAUGCCCGGAUCCAUCCGAUCUCAUCCAUCGACGGUCCCCUCUCCGGAGUCGCAAGAGUCGUUCCAUCGCAUCCACCCGAUCAAAUUUUUCUUCGACGAUAACAAAACUUGUACAUCUGUAUAUAUAUGCAAAGGACGAACAUAUCAAUGUCAUUUCAACAAACGUGCGGUGUGUGCCUUAGGAUCGACCAAUGGACUCUCCAAUAGUGUUUCACUUCUUUUCUUUCUUUUGGAAGACGACAAUUACGAAAUUUCUUUUUUUCGAAAUUUCACAUAUACAAAACAAAGAAAUGUAUUGUAUAAAGAGAGAAGAAAAUAAGAUUGUUAGAUAACGAAAUUUUUAUUUUUUCUCUGUUUAAAAGACGUGACGGUUAAAUAAUUCUUUCUUUCCUGAUGAAUUUCAAGGUUUAUAUAUACACAUAAAUUCUGGAGACCGAAUACCGGAGAAGUUUCUUCCCUGUAUAAGAUUUCUGUUUAAAAAAUGGCGUUAUAAGCGGGUGCGCAGCAAGCGAGAAAACAAUUUGCAUCACGCGACAUUUCAGUCGACGAUCCCGUUAAAACGUCGUCUGCGAGCGAGAAAGUCGCCGAAAUUUUGACACGCAAACGAAGAUCAGAAGAGUUAAGAGAGGUUAGCCAAUAGAAACAAGCGUAACAAUUUUGUUUUUCUAGCGAAAAUUCAGGAACCGGUUGCGUUUGAUAAUCAAAAUAACAUGGCGGAAAUUUUGGUAACGCAUUUAUACGGCUCCGAAAAGUAAUAAUAAUCGUCGGUAACCGGGACCUGAAAAUUUAGUCACGACGACGGUGAGGAUCGAUCGGGAUUGAUCGAUCAAUUAAAAAUAAAAUAAAAUACCCAUCGAUCCAAGAUGUGAUAAAGUGCCUCAUGUUCACACCCCUUUUUUUUAAAUUACGUGAUUUGAAGUAUUGUGAAAAUGUAAAUAUUAAGCAUGUUGUAAAUAUUUAAAAGUGCGCGAAAAUAAAAGUUGUUUUCUUUCUAUUACUUUCCGAUUCGUUCGGGUACUUUGCCAUCCGAUCAGCAGGAAGAAUCGAGCAUGGUUUCCACGUGCAGCAGUUACCGGCGUGACGUCACUCGGCUGGUACCAAUCGGUGCUUUGUGGAAACUUUGCUUCGGGCUAACACCAAGGUAAUUGUAGUGUAAACCGUAAUACAUUACAGUUGACGUGACGUGGAGGGUAAUUUUUAAAGUAAUUUAUAGAAGAGGCCAUCGUGCUUAUCAAGAAUUACUUAUUUGAAUUGAACAUCAACAAGACAGAAGAACUCAGGAAUUAUAAUUAGUAAAUAUAUAGUAACGUUUCUCCUUACAAUUGUUAUUUCUUUCCAGGUAAGGUGUUAUUUUUUCAAUUCGAACGAAAUCGGGUCUGUGUACGCUGCCAUUUUGAAUGGUAAAAUGAAAGCGCCUUCCUAAACUACAGCGUGGACGAUGUCACUACUGUCUUCGACACAGAGUUUUAAUAAUUGGCCAAGACCGGAAAUGAUGUAGAGUCUCUGAGGAAAUAAAACAUUCCCACCACCUGCCUUAGGAUACGACUAUGCAGACGCGUAUUUAGUUGCGGGCGAUAUAGUUCUCGCAAAGGAAAACAAUGCACAAGCGAGAAAUAUCGCUGGCGAGAGCGAGAGCGAAUUUCUGGUUCUCGCACAUAUUUAUCGCGUCUCGCCACAUAUCGCUCGCUUCUACAUAGUGUCGAAGGAUGAUCGGAUGGUGCAGACGAUGAGGUCGACCUACCGCUUCAGAGACCGAGUUCGAGUUUGCGUCAGAAACCCAAGUUUUUAUUAAGCUUAGUUGGUACAGUUGAAGUUUUUUAUUUUAUUUUUUUUAAUUUUCGGCUGCAGUCCAAAUUUUGAAAUUUUUCUCGUCGUUACUAUCGUUUACGGUAAAAACAUUAAUGUAUCUGGCAACACUGUCGGGUUUCUUCUAGUCGAAACCAAAACGUAGUUAGAAUUGUUUUUAAUUAUACUAAUUCCCCGCUUAGGAAAUAUCGUAAUAUUAAUAAAGUUUAAUACAGACUAUAAUUUAAAAAGGGACAAAUAAUUUUUCCCUCUACGUGUUUUGUGUGUUAUCCCGCAGAGGGCGUAGUUGCGAGUUUCGGUUUUGGCGACGAAAUGUGUUAGUAGUGUCUCCGGGAAUGUGUUAUAAAACAUUAAAUGAAUAGAACUGUUUAUAAUGGAAACGGCAGCAGCUUCCGUCUUGUCCAGGGCCGUGGAUUACGACAUAAAGAAGAGAUAUACCGAAGCUCUGGUCUGUUAUCAGGAAGGAAUUCAGAUCAUCAUAGACGAACUCAAAGGCAAGUUUCAAAUCCGUCAACGGGCGGGAACAAAUAAUUGUUCCCGCCCGUUAUUUUCAAAUAUGGUGUAUUUCGCAAUAGUGUUUACAAUUUUAAGAAAAAUUACGCCAAAAUUAUUUCACUAUUGAUUUUGGAUAAAACAAGUGUUUGGAAUGUACACCCCAUUUCCAAACCAUAAUCUGGUGUUUGAUGGCCACUAUUGAAGUUUUUGCGGGAAUGUCGAGUGGAAUGACCCACUCUGACUCUUUUGUGUGGGUUUAUUUCAAACUACGAUUUCUUUACGGUGACCCAUAGGAAAAAAUCUGGUGGGAUUAGGCUGAGAUUCUUUGGUCUGUAACUCCGAAUGGAACUCAAUUGGGAUUGGGUAGUCUGCGAUGUUGCCGAUUGUGCAGUGUUUGCCCAUUGCCGUUGGCCGGAUGACCUUUCUUUGCUUGAAAGGUCGACAAUGGUUUUUUGUCGACAAAACUUUGUGCUGGAGUCAUCCAGCACAAAGUUUUUCAUUCUGAGAUGCAGGUUGCAGGCUACACUACUUUUGUAAUAAUUCACAAUAAUAAUAAUUGCCUUGAUGCCGGCGUAAUAAGAGUCCACAUUUCCCCCCAUUAACCGUUGUGAGCACUCGAAAAUUGUAAUGAUGACCAACUGUAUGCCUCGGAGUAACAUUGGUCCUUAAGGGCUAGACUGGAUCACAACCACAUGACAUUGAUGACACUCCACUCUGCUGUAGCACGUCUCGAGGUAGCUCAUUCGAAUGGGUCUUCGACUACAAAUGCAACCUUAAAUGUAGUCAUCAGAGGGCAAUACUGUAAAUAAUUUUCAGAGUUGAACAUUAUAUCAAGUGUUGGUGCCAUUUUGAAAUUCCUCAUGUUGCCAGAAAUGGUUUGAGUUGGAGUUAGUUUUGGUAUAAGAUUUCUGCUGCGUAGUUUAAUAAAAACCAUUAUUUUUAAAACAUUGUGUAUAUACAAAUUUGCAUACUUCAAAUCAUUUGUUCAGAUAUGAAUUCAUGAUUUCUACUAAUCAAGAUAAUUUUGAGAUAACUGAUGCACUAUAAAAUUACAUUUCAUCAAUCAGUUGAAAGAUGCCCAUUAAAAAAAACUGUUUACCGUCUGAAAAAUCAGUCGUUUUAAAGAUUAAUUAUUCAAAAGUCGUCAUUCAAAUACAUAGGAUGACCAGAAGUUGUUAUUAUACAGAAGAGGGACAAGACCCCACCAAUAACUACAUCAAACAAACCAAAUUACACACUGACAAAAAGCAUUUUGAAUUGAUUUUUUUUUAAUAAUUAGAAUAGAACAAAAAUCAUAAUAAUAAACAAAUUAUCUAUAAUACUUGGGGCCAACCCCCAUGAAAUAGCAGGAGAUAUUAGACAAUGCACAAUUGCUACUAGUUGUCAUAGUACCACCACUACCAUUGAUAAAUUCUUCAAUGGGUUUGCGUAUCUAUAAAUCCACUUAGUUAUUUUUUUUUUAUUAAUAUCUUCAGAACAGAGAAUUAGGGGCUUUUUAAAUACCUGCUAUGGUUUUGGCUAGGCCCGUGACUGAAUCUGAUUCAUCCAGGUCAACAGAGCCUUAAAAAUUCUAACCAACCGAUGAAAACCAAGGUUUGUCUUUAUUGUCUCGACCAUAUAACUGUUAUGCACAAUUAGUGUCACUAGUUUUGCUGUUAUAUGGACUAAUCACACUUAAACACUAAAAGUACUAGACUGUAGCAUUAUCAAACUUGUGCUCAGUCUUGUAGGAUGUUUUUAAUACUUGAAUUCCUGAAGAUCUGCAUGGCCAUGAAACUUAAGAUGUGCAACCAUAGAAUUCCUAAAGAAACUGAGAUGCUAUAGGGAGGAAGUAUGAUUUCAGUUUGAUCCAUCCACAUAUCUGCUGUAGAUUUAUGGUCCUUUGUCAAGUCAAGACAAGAGCGGACGGAUGGUGCUGAACUCGUUUCACAUUCUUUUUGCAACUGAAACAACAGCCUAUAAUUUUAUAAAACCAGCAUUAACAAGCUUAUUGCAUGCUUUGACAACAUUUCUUUAUUACUUGUGUCUUAACAUUCAUUUCACUAAAGACCCAGUAUGGAUUUUUAUAUCAGGUAACCGAAAACGUUCUGUUUUUUUUUUUUUUUUUUU